CCUCGCCCCUGAGGGUGCAGCGCAACGGGGCCGGCUCGCACUCUGCCUCCUCUGACUAUGAGCUCUCUCUUGACCUCAAAAACAAGCAGGGCCACAGAAAUCAUCCAUGCCACAUAAUCACCCUCAUUUCAAGAGCCAUCAAACGUUUACCAUCCAUUUCCAUCAUCAUUCCUUCAGUCCAUGGAUUUUCGAGCAGAUCGAAAUGUUAGAACACAAAUACGGCGGCCACCUCAUCUCUCGGCGUGCUGCCUGCAAGAUCCAGACCGCCUUCCGCCAGUACCAGCUCAGCAAAAACUUUGAGAAAAUCCGCAACUCUCUGCUGGAGAGUCGCCUGCCCCGACGCAUCUCCCUGCGCAAGGUGCGCGUGCAAAACACGGAGGGCUUCUCUGCUGAACGGGCCCUGGCAGAAGGCUGCAACUUGGCAGGCAUCCCGUUGGUGCGCUCGCCGUCCCUCCCCGCCUCGGUCGGAAGCACCUUGACCGACCUGGAGGACUCGUUCACGGAGCAGGUCCAAUCGCUUGCCAAGUCUAUCGAUGAUGCGCUCAGCAACUGGAGCCUGAAGACCAUGUGUUCUCUGCAAGAAGGCGGCGCCUAUCAGUUCACCGCCGACUCCUUCAACGCAGCAGCAGCGGCCGCCGCUGCUUCGGGUGUGGUGGGAGGUGGCGAAGGGGGUGGUGUGGGGCAAGCAGCAGUUCAUCAAGGUCCAAUUGACCCAAGCGAGCUGUCGAGGAGCGCCAGCAAGCUGAUGAUGGCGUUUCGGGACGUAACAGUGCAGAUCGACAGCCAAAACUUCAGAGUUUCGUCCUCAGUUAUGGAAUCCUCGACUUCAGUCACGCUGGGCAGCUGCAUUCAACAGCAGGGGUCCUCCGCCACUGUAACAACCGCUUCCUCAACGACAAGCCCCACGGCAGCUCCUGUCACAGAUCGACCGUCAGAGGAACCCCCACCUCCAGAGGCGCCCACAGAACCGAUGGAUGCCCCACCUCCACCUCAAGAGCCCCCGCCACCCCCUACGGAGACAGAAAUCGAAGAAAGUGAGCAAGACGUUGAAUUUCCUGCCCCUCCCCCCAGCGAAGAGGAGCUUAAUGAGGAGAUGCAACCUCCCCUUACCCCUCUAGACAAGAUGUCUGCCAUUCAAAGCAUAGAGGAGGUGGCACCGCCGCCGCCGCCACCUCCACCCAUAGAGCCCACUCACGUCCCUCCACCGCAGGAGCCUAUGCUGCUGAGGAGCUCUCCUGUGGUGGAGCCUCUCGAUGUCAAGAGAUGUGGCUCAGAGACGGCGGACAACAGCUCGGAGCAGAUGAGCAGCAGCAGCACGUCCACCGAGGUGCGCUCGACAUCUGAGGCCUCCUCCAAAGAGGCGCUGCAGGCCAUGAUCCUCAGCCUUCCACGCUACCACUGUGAGAACCCCGCCAGCUGCAAAUCCCCCACGCUGUCCACCGACGUCAUGCGGAAACGCCUGUACCGGAUCGGCCUCAACCUCUUCAAUCUAAACCCCGAUAAAGGCCUUCAGUUCCUGAUUUCCCGUGGUUUCAUCCCGGACACACCCAUCGGCGUAGCCCACUUUCUGCUCCAGAGGAAGGGCCUUAGCCGACAAAUGAUUGGAGAAUUCCUGGGAAACAGCAAGAAGCCGUUCAACCGAGAUGUCCUAGACUGUGUGGUGGAUGAAAUGGACUUCUCAGGCAUGGAGCUGGAUGAAGCACUAAGGAAGUUUCAGGCCCACAUCCGGGUCCAGGGAGAAGCUCAAAAGGUGGAACGUCUCAUUGAGGCCUUCAGCCAGCGGUACUGUAUGUGCAACCCUGACGUGGUGCAGCAGUUUCACAACCCGGACACCAUCUUCAUCCUGGCCUUUGCCAUCAUCCUCCUCAACACUGACAUGUACAGCCCCAACAUCAAGCCAGACCGCAAGAUGCUGUUAGAGGACUUCAUACGAAAUCUGCGAGGUGUCGACGAUGGAGCAGAUAUUCCCAGAGACAUGGUGGUUGGCAUAUAUGAAAGAAUACAACUGAGGGAGCUCCGCUCAAAUGAAGAUCAUGUCACCUAUGUUUCCAAAGUUGAGCAGUCCAUAGUAGGCAUGAAAACGGUUCUCUCUGUCCCUCACCGGAGAUUAGUCUGCUGUAGUCGACUUUUUGAGGUAACAGACGUCAACAAGGCACAGAAACAGGCAGCACACCAGAGAGAAGUCUUCCUCUUCAAUGAUCUCAUUGUGAUUCUGAAGCUUUGUCCAAAGAAGAAGAGUUCUGCCGCCUACACUUUCUGCAAAGCUUUGGGCCUACUUGGCAUGCAGUUCCAUCUUUUUGAAAACGAAUACUACCCUCAUGGAAUCACAAUCCUCUCCCCGUACGGUUCAGAAAAGAAGCAGGUGCUCCACUUUUGUGCCCAAAGUGCUGAGGAGCUGCUCAAGUUUGUCGAAGACCUGAAGGAAUCGAUUGCAGAGGUGUCAGAGAUGGAGCAGAUUCGCAUCGAGUGGGAGCUGGAAAAGCAGCAAGGAGCCAAGACCCUCUCAGUCAAAAGCAACGGGACAAAGCUAGAGCUCCGCAGCAAACAGGGCUCCUUAUCAGGAAACACAGAGAUAGAUGAAAGAACCGGACACAAUGCAGUUGAGGUGUCAAUUCACAACAGGCUUCAGACGUACCAGCUCAGCAGCAGCAGCAGCAGUGCGGCUCGGAGCCCCGAGAGCGCGGCCCUUCUUAACAGCCGUGGAGAGCUGCUUUUCCAGCAGGGGUUAACACAUGGGCCGCUGCCUCCACCUCAGCACCCGCAGCUGCAUUCCGCGGCGAGCACCCCAGCCCACCAUCUCCCCUUUCAGCUGCAGCACCAACCUGCCGUGAGCGUGGCCGACCUGCGGCCCGAGGCACUCAUCCAGUGCCAGCAGAUCGUCAAAGUCAUCAUGCUUGACAGCAGCGGCCACGGACGCGUGGAGGCCUUCCUCAGCCAGACACCCACCCACCACCACUGCCAGCAUCACCACCACAGCCACCACCAACUUAGCCAGUCCGCGAUGUCCACCCCUGUCCGCUCGCCAGAUGGCUCCUACGGCAAUGACGGGCACCAGCCCCCGCUGCCUCCCCCACCUCCCCCUUACAACCACCCACACCAGUAUAUACCCCCGGACCCCCGCCUCAGUCUACAUCGGACCCCUAGUGGCUCUCGAAGCAUGGUGUAAAUAAGUAGACAAAAAAUUCCACAUAAACCUUCCUUCUGCCUAUUUAACAUACAUCUGUACAUAAUGUACAGAUACUGUAUAAAUACAGAUGAAAGAGCUAUAAUGAGAAAAUAGAACUCCACAUAUAUGCAUACAUUUAAGGAAAAAAUAUUCAAAUAAUAAAGGUUUUAAAUCAGACUAGGAGAAAUAAAAGUGCAUAUACAUAAAGUUUUACUCGAUUGCUCAUGUAUUUUGAAAUAUUAUGUAGUUUUAACAAAUUUCUAUAACUUUUACGUCUGUUUUAACUCCUGCAAGAGGAUUAAAAGAAACUACAGAUACUGCGUUUCCUUUGAGGAUGGAUUCCUUGUCCGCUUCUUGCCACAAACGAAUCCCUGAAACUUUUUCUGAAAUUUUCCAGGAAUGGACGCUCAACUCUCCGAGGAUCUCCUCCCUCUUUUUCUUUUCUUUUUUCGUCGCAGACCCCAUACCUACUUACUGUGCUGUAUGUGCACAUGCGUGUUUAGCUAAUGCUUAAUGGAAAACGUGCCAAAAAUACAUAUGCCUCCACCAAACAAUGACUUCUUUGCACUUGACUGAAUGCUAGGGCUUAAAGAGAUAAAAAAAGAAGAAAAAAAUCUUGAAGAUAGUAGUUCUUUCAGGCCUCGUCUAGCCAUUUGCGCUUUUGCUGACUUAUUUAUGUGAUGGAGGGCCUUUUUCUCCUCCUAGCAACUCCUCUAGAUUAAAAAAAAAGGAAAUGGCUUUCUGCGAAAAGCUGUGUUUGUUAUUCACUCUUCCUCUGUAUUGUGUCUGUAUCACCAAAGAACACUCAGUGGUUGGCUAACAUAGAUCGGUGGUUCUCAAAUCUUUUAGAGCAAGUAUCACCACAGUUAAUAGUUACGUUUUUCACUGACAUAAAAACAAAAGCAUACUUGAAGUUUUUUGUUUUAUUUUUUUGAUUAUAUCGCAUAUAGAUAUAAAAUACAAAUGAUUGUCAACUGGCACAGUAGGUAUACUGGUUGUUUGCAGUAUGCAAUUUAAAGAUAUGUCCCAUAUUUAUUUUUGAUUUUCUAACCUGUAAUAGAAAGUAACAAGAAAGUCAGGUAUAGUUCAAAUUUAAUUUGGGAUUUUUUUUUGGUUUCUGACUAACUGAGGUUCAAAUUGAAACAUGCCCCUUUACAUAUAUCAUUUUCAUGAUUUUUGUGUCAUUAAAUCUUUCAUGUGCAGUACUACACAAUCUAUUUUACACAUCAUUAGGUUGUACAGUGGGGACAAUAAGUGUCAAAAAUGUCAAAGUUAUAGUGAGUAACAACCCAAGUAAUUCAAGCAUACAAACAAGUGAGCGCGCGUAUGUCUAUCAAGUAGAUUAUUUGUAACAAAGUGGAACUACAGAUGCCAUAGCUACUGAACAAACUGAAAUGUAUUCAAUACUAAGUAGGGAAAUUUUUGUUGGUAAUAAUAGCUUCUUUGUAUUGUCCUGUAUGGCAGAGUUAGUCACAUGCAUUAAUCUGUUGUGGUUUUGACCCAUUCUGGCGUUCCUAACCCCCAGCUACAUUGUGGGUAUGGUACUUUUAGGGUGUGUGUGAAACUGUUCCCGGCUCCAUCCAUGGUGUUUGCAAUGACAUCAAAGUAUCAAGAGACUUCUAUUUUAGUUUAAUCUCAUGAUACUAUACUCUUCCAACAUUUCACACAUUUGACCAAAUGUUCUGCAACCUUAAACAAGUUUCAAAACUGUUUUUCUUCAUUGGUGGAGUCUUGUGCAGUGAGGGUUCUUAGAAGACAUGUCGAUUGAAAACAUUAUUAGUAAUAAGUGUAAUAGUGAUAAAGGCUUAGCCUUUGGACAAAUACGUUUGUUCUUUGUUCUUUUCAUUACGCUUCCAGAUUUUGGCCCAAAUGGAGCUCUCUGGAGAUUUCAGCCAUCGAGAGAUAUGUCUGUUACCAAUACCGUCAGUAUCAUUUGCAACAAUAAAGUUGUAAAGGUCCUACCAAUUAUUAGAUGUUUCUUUUGGAAUAUCUUGGCGAUGAGAACCCUUUUUAUAGGCCAUUAGUUGGUUCUAAACCAGCUAGUAUUAAUUUGCACAGACAGAGGCAGGAUUGAUUUCUAAAUACUGACUGAUUUUAGCUUUUUCUGGGGUUUCUGUUCUUUUCCCCUUUACAUUUUUAACAUGCGUGCAGUGCAUAUUCCCUUUGUCGUUCCACUUUAUUACAACAUGUCGUAUAGAGUACUUUCUUUUGAUUUAUUAAUAUUCUAAGUUACCAGUAGACCGGUCACCUAGAAUAUUAGUUAAUAUUACCACUGGUUUUUAAACAUGGACUAGACUGAGUUAACAGGUUAACAGGAUCACUCAUAAGUAACUACCCAUAGUAGCUAUUGUUUUAUUUCUCAAAAGAUUCUCUGCUGACAAGUUUGAUGAAAGUGCUUAACAUGUUCACCUUGGUUACUUUUGGUCUUUUAAGGUUCUUGCAAAACAUUUUGCCAAAUCUUCUUUGGCAAAAAAGCCACUGGUGGUACUUGUACAAAAGUUUGAGAACCAUGGCCAUAGAUCAUUUAACAUGUAAAAUGUAUAGGAAUCAAAGGCAACCAUGAAAAUGGGCUACUGGCUAACAAAAUAAAAUUAAUCCAAGGUCGAUUGUCAGAGCAUUAAGGAAGUCAUCUGCUCUUGGAAGGGUAUUGUUUCAUACUUGAACGUUUUUUAAUGGUAUACGUAUGUAAAACUUCACAUGUAACAUACUGUGUGUACAAUACACUGUGUGAUCAGUUGCAGUUUUGUCAAAUGUACCCUUUUCAGGAAAUCCCAAAUGAAUUCAGGUGAAGAAGCUUCUGACACAACCUUCAAAUGUUAAAAUCUGUCUUUACAUUAAUUUGUCUUCGUGCCGCCUCUGUCUUUGUUGUCUUUGGUGGUCUACUGCCUGUUCAUCUGCAAAACUCUCUACGCUGUAAGUUCCCACAUACCCAAGGUUUCAUCUCAGAUCCCUGUGAUUUUUUUUUUCCUCUUCCAUCAUGACCUUUCAGACGUGACAUUUUCAAGGAAAGAAAAAGCAAAAGCUACGUGCAUCUAAUAUCGCAAGUUAUGACAUUAAUCCCCCUCCUUGUGCUGCUGGAAAUACUGCUUAUUUUAAGAAUGGGACAAAACGAAUGCACCAUCUGAACUCUUUCUUUUUCACCUCAGAUUAGAUUGUAAAUACCACAUACGAGGGGAGUCGGGCAGGGCAUGCAAGCUAACUUCAGCCUCCCUCAAAUUCCCAUCACCCUGUUGUGCGUCCUUCCUACUGAAAUAGGUCAGCAGCUGCCCUAGCCCGAGCGUGUCCGUCUGCUAAAAUGUAUGCCUCACCAGGUACUGUGGAAUGGAUGUUCUGUUAACUCUGCUCCAAUCUGACCUCCAUCUGUCUGAUUUGUUGAUUAUAAUCACACACCCAGUGCAGGAAGGUCUCUAUCUCAUCUUUCUGUCCUUUUCCCCGCUUUCACCUUGUGAAAAGACAGCGGAGGCGGAGGGGUGGGAGCAAAAAGUGGGCUCGUGUUCCAGUAGGCAGAGCUGAUGAGUGUUCAUUCUAAAACAAAUCCACCCGCCCCCUUGUUUCCAUCCCACUGAUUGCUUUUAUUGUUGUUUCAUAAUGCAAUGAGAGGAAUUAGCACUUUCAAAAUGAAUGAACAGCUCUGAUGAUUAGUUUAAUACUUUUACUGGCUUGGAAGACGUUUUCAAAGGUUAUGUAAUGAAUUUAUGCGGAUUAGAUUGAACUCUACAGUUCUGGAUUAUACACUGAUUUAUGAUGAUUGUACUCAUGUGUUUGUUUGAAUCUAUAUAAUAGGAUGGAUUUUGUAGUUUUUUAUUAGUUUUUUUUUUUUCUUAUUUAUUUUUUCCCCCCCUGCAUGACAUUAGUUUAAAAAUGUAUUGAAUCCUGAUUCCCAGAAUGCUUGAACUUAUCGGGCAUGAGUGAUAUGUUUCAGAAAAAAAUUCUGUUUUUGGUUUUUGAUUGCCAACAACCCCCGAGUGACUCAAAGCUAACAGUAAGUUUCAGUGCCUCGUGACAAAGCAGUCGCCUGUUACAUGAACCUGUUUCGUUUUCGUUUAACCAAACCGUCGUUGUUCCUCAGUUUGAACAACGCGUUUUAGGCGCUUCAGAGCACAGACGUUCAUAAGCAUGAACACGCGGCAGACCGAGGUUGGAUUUGAGUGAAGAACUCAAUGUAGCAUUGUGGAAGUGUAGCAAAUGGAACACGUAUGGAAGAAACUUUCAAAAGGGCUUCGUCAUACCAGUGCACACUUUCAUGAGCUAACGAUAAAUGGAUCUUUAUGGCCUAUUUAACACUGUGUUUGCUCCAGAUCACAUAGGAAGCUAUAGAAAUAGAGGAUACAUUUGAGGCUACACAGGUGAAACCAUCUUCUCCCUAAGUUGAUUCAUUCCUCUACUUGUCUUUGCAGUAUAUCAACUUGAAAUUAAAGAUUAUUUAAGUGAAUUCAC